AUGGUGUUUUCCAAGGAAGCAGGGUCAUCGUCCUAUUCCCUUCCACCGUACCCUAGAGAGGACAGUCCUCUACUGGGGAAGGCACCCCCUCUGUCCUCCAAUCUAAAGACCUUCGCCAACAUCUUCAUCUCCGUAGUUGGGGCCGGAGUCUUGGGCCUCCCUUACAGCUUCAAGCGAACGGGCUGGCUCAUGGGCCUCCUCAUGCUCUUCGUCGUCGCCUUUCUCACCUACCACUGCAUGAUGCUCCUCGUCCUCACGCGCCGCAAACUCGAAUCCGUAACGGGCUUCACCAAAGUCGCCUCUUUCGGUGACCUGGGCUUCACCAUCUGCGGCCCGCUGGGCCGCUUCGCCGUCGACUCCAUGAUCGUCCUCUCCCAAGCCGGCUUCUGCGUCGGCUACCUCAUCUUCAUCUCCACCACCCUCGCCUUCCUUACCAACAAUGAAACCACGCCGAUCUUCCUCGGUUUCACCCCCAAGGUUUGGUUCCUCUGGGCCUGCUUCCCUUUCCAAUUAGGGCUCAUUUCGGUUCGCACGUUGACUCAUUUGGCUCCAUUGAGUAUCUUCGCUGACGUUGUCGAUCUAGUUGCCAAGAGUGUUGUCUUGGUCGACGAUGUUUUUGUUUCUUUUAAGAAUAAGCCCGAAUUGAAAAUGUUCGGCGGUUUUUCUGUGUUUUUCUACGGCAUAGGUGUGGCUGUGUAUGCUUUUGAGGGGAUCGGAAUGGUUCUGCCGUUGGAAACUGAGGCCAAGGAGAAGGAGAAGUUCGGUAGGGUAUUGAGUUUGGUGAUGGGGUCGAUUUCUGUGUUGUUUGGUUUGUUUGGGGGUUUAGGUUACUUUGCGUUUGGGGAAGAAACUAAGGAUAUUAUCACCACCAAUCUGGGGCCUGGGGUGAUUAGUGUUCUGGUUCAAUUGGGGCUUUGCAUUAAUUUGUUUUUCACUUUUCCGAUUAUGAUGAAUCCUGUGAAUGAGGUGGUGGAGAGAAGGUUCUGUGGAUCUAGGUACUGCUUGUGGUUGAGAUGGUUGCUGGUGUUGGUGAUAAGCUUGGUGGCGCUUUUGGUGCCUAACUUUGCGGAUUUUUUGUCCCUGGUGGGAAGCAGUGUGUGUGUUGUUUUGAGUUUUGUGUUGCCUGCAAUGUUUCAUUUUAUAGUUUUUAAGGAGGAGUUGGGGUGGAGGUGUCUAGUUUGGGAUGGAGCAAUUGUGGUUUUUGGGUUUGUGAUUGCAGUUACUGGGACUUGCACUUCUGUAAUGGAGAUUCUUUCCCCCACAGCCUAA